UCUCCUGGUGUCUGCUGGGAGUAGCUGCCCCUCUUCUCUUGUUUCUAGUUUCAAGACAGCCUUCUGACUCGCCCCUCUGAGCUCUCAUGCAAGCCAAGCCUCACCCUCUAUUAGCUGUAGCCUUGAGAGCCAGCUCCACUACAGCACCAGGUGGGACUGGGAGGACGGAGGGGUACCUGAGGGUAAGGAGCGCUUCUCCAGAAGAAGGAAAGGCGAAGCUCAGCAGCACGAAGCCACCCGCGGCCUGCACUCACCAGUGUGCAGGGCUUGUCUCAGCCAAGCCUGCGCAGCUUCUCAGUGUUUCCAAGGAGCUCUCCCUGGCAAUGGAACAGACGGAACCAAGGGGCUUGAAUGUGUUCUAAUGGCCGAUGACUACAGAAAAUGAACUGGAACCUAUUUAGAUCACUGUAUUGCAUGAGCAUGAGAGUGAUGUUCUCAUCUUUUUUUUUUUCCCCUAUUGGAUCUUCUUAAGAAAAUGGAAUACCCUUGAUACGGUAUCUAAAAAUAAAAAUAUUUAAAAGAUGCUUCAAAGAAGAUGAAAAGUGGGCUUAUAUUUGUAAAAUUGGUUAACCCGUGUUCAGGGGAAGGAACCAUUUACUUGUUCAAUAUGUGUCAACAGCAGCUGUUUGAAAUAAAAGUUUUCAAGGAAAAACACCAUUCUUGGUUUAUAAAUCAAUCAGUCCAAUCAGGAGGUCUUCUCCACUUUGCCACACCCAUGGACCCUCUAUUUCUGCUUCUCCACUACCUCAGAAAGACUGGUAAAGAGGGAAAAUUCCAGCCCCUAAAUCAAGUUGUGGUGGAUGACAUGUUUCCAAAUUGCAUCUUGUUGCUGAAACUUUCUGAUCUUGAGAAGUUACUUCGACAUGUGACGGAGGAGAAAGAAAUAGACAAAAAGAAAUAUUACAAGUACAGCAAAGAGAAGACAAUAAAGUGGCUGGAAAAAAAGGUUCAUCAGACCGUAUCAGCCUUAAAAACCAAUAACAUAAAUGUCAGUGCCCGGGUACAGGCAAAUGCAUUUUUCUCUGGGGACCAGGUUUCCAGUGACAAGGAAGAGGAUUAUAUUCGUUAUGCUCAUGGCCUGAUAUCUGAUUACAUCCCUAAAGAAUUAAGUGAUGACUUAGCGAAGUAUUUAAAUCUUCCAGAAACUUCAGCAUCGUUGCCAAACCCUCCAUCAAAGAAAGUAAAGUUAUCUGAUGAGCCUGUAGAAGCAAAAGAAGAUUACACUAAGUUUAACAGGAAAGAUUUGAAGACUGAAAAGAAAAAUAGCAAAAUGACUGCAGCUCAGAAGGCUUUGGCUAAAGUUGACAAGAGUGGAAUGAAAAGUAUUGAUUCCUUUUUCGCUACAAAAAAUUUAAAAAAAAUUGGAGAGAUCUGAAACUUUGGAAAAUGAAAUCUAGCCAAAAUAUUUGCCUGUUCCAUGUUCCAUUUUUGUCCUUCCCCCACACCACUGUGCCUCCUGACCCUUAAUUACCACCUUUUGGGAAAAAAAAAAAAAUGAGGGCAAUUUUCAGAGUCAAACAUUUCUUGGUAUUUGGUUUUUGUGUUUCUGAACAAAAUGUGGGAAAGUCAUUGUGUAACUUCAUGGCUUGUAGCCUUCAGACUCUUGUUUGACAUCAUGAAAAGUAAUCAAGUGAAUAGAGUUAGCCUCUAGCUAGCAUCACAGUUUCCUCAAUAAACUGGCGUGUGACAAUA